AUGUUAGCUAAAGUAUUAAUACUAGCUUUUGUUGCUGUGGCUUCCUGUGACGAUUAUGGAUAUACUCGUAGAUACAAAGGAGUGCACCAUCGACCUAUGCAUAAAUACAAACGUCACUAUGAGCAUGUUCCAAUAAAAGUUCAAAGUGAGCAUGAAUCGUCUCAUGAACCGCACUACAGUCAUGCCCCUCAAAGUCACGGGCAUGCCUAUUCGUCGCAAAGCAUCAACCAUUACACAGGACAUUCAGGACAUUCAGUACAUUCAGGACAUUCAGGACAUUCAGGACAUUCAGGACAUUCAGGACAUUCAGGACAUUCAGGACAUUCAGGACAUUCAACAUAUUCAGGACAUCAAGAGUCCCGGGAUAGGCAUAAUGCACACGUUGCUCCUGUCUAUCAGCAUGUUGAAGAGGAUGAACCAGCACCAACUAACUAUGAAAUCCCAACACAUCAUUACCACAGUAUACAACAUGAUUCACCAGCCCCCGUACACCACGAGCACUCUGUACACCACGAGCACUCAGUACACGCCAGUAAACCCCAUGACCAUGUCGAACAUUUCGACGAACACGAGCAUCACACCCAACCACGCGAGGCUCACGGUCACGAAGAACAGAGCUAUGGACACGGCGGCCUACACCAUGAAGCUCCCGUCCACCAUGACCAUCAUGCUGAAGAACAUGAGCAUGAAUCUCACGAUGAACUCGUUGACUAUUACGCCUACCCCAAAUACAACUACGAGUACAAAGUAGAGGACCCUCACACCGGUGACAGUAAGUUCCACCAUGAAUACCGUGAUGGAGAUGUCGUCAAGGGAGUGUACAGUGUUCAAGAACCUGAUGGAUCAGUCAGAAUUGUUGAAUACAGUUCAGAUAAAGACAGCGGUUUCAAGGCUACCGUGAAACAUACUGCUCCAGGCCACCAUGUCCAUAUCGAGAGUCAUCACGAAAAUUAA